CAACCUCAAAUUAUCAUCAUCUAGAAACGCCCUCCUAGACCCUCUAAGAGUCGACUCUAAUGUUUAGAACCCUCUUCGUCUUCGGCUCGGCCAUAUCAUCCAGAAAUCAUGUAUUCUGACGAUGAUGACAAGUCCUGUAAUUUCGAGACGGCUGCUGGCCCUGGCAGCAAGGACAUCUUUGUCCAACUCGUGAUUUCGUCGGCGCUGGGUAUCUCGGCCUUUGUCGCCUUCUGUAUUCUUAGACCUCGAUGGAAGACCCUCUAUGCUGCCCGGAAGCGACAUAGCGACCCUCAGAUUGCUUUACCUGCGCUCCCCGAUAGUUUUCUUGGAUGGAUACCGGCGUUGUAUAGGGUAACGGAGGAGCAGGUGCUGGCAUCUGCAGGUUUGGAUGCCUUCGUGUUUUUGUCGUUCUUCAAGAUGUCGCUCCGCUUGUUUGCUACUAUACUAUUCUUCGCUCUGGUCGUCCUUUGGCCUAUUCACAAUACUUUCGAUGCUGGAACAACUAUACCUCCUGGUAAAGCACACGGGAAUCACUCGUUCUACACCGACUUGUUCCGAAUACCCGAUUCCCAUUUUCCAACGAAUUUUGAACAUAUCUUGGAAGACCCUGAACUGGAGGAUAAGAGCUGGAGUUAUUUAUGGGCGUACAUGGUUUUCACAUGGUUUUUCUCUUUCCUGACCAUGUACUUCAUGAAUUACGAGACCAUCAAGGUGAUCAAGAUACGGCAAGAUUAUUUGGGUACUCAAUCGACUAUCACCGACCGGACGUUCCGAUUGACGGGGAUACCGCAAGAUAUCAGAACAGAAGAGAAGAUCAAGGAAUUUGUAGAGAACUUGGAAAUUGGACAUGUUCGAAGUGUCACCCUGUGUCGAAAUUGGACUGAGAUCGACAGGUUGAUGGCUCAGCGACAAGUGCUUCUUCGAAAGUUGGAGGAGGCAUGGAGUGCUUAUCUUGCUCGACGACCAGCGGCGGCGUUGGUGUCCGACGAUCAACAACCCGAAACGGCGGAUGGCGCUACACGAGAGACCGAAAAUCACGAUGGAGAACCCCAGGAAAACGGACGUCUUCUUGCUAGCAACAGCCUACGAGAUGCUCUUGCAGAAAGGGCACGGCCGAAGAUUCGACUCAGGUUCGGUUUCUUGAAGCUGCGAAGUCGCAAAACCGAUGCUCUUGAUUACUACGAGGAGACACUGCGUCGUCAUGACGAGAAGAUCCGACAGGCAAGAAGAAAAGAGUACCCUCCAACGGAUACUGCAUUUGUGACGAUGGACUCUAUUGCUGCUUGCCAGAUGGCCGUUCAGGCGACCGUCGAUCCUCGACCAGGCCGAUUACUGACCAAGCCAGCGCCAGCCCCUUCGGACGUGAUUUGGAAGAAUACUUAUGCUCCACGAUAUAAACGCCAAUUCCAGUCUUGGGCCGUCACUAUCUUUAUCACGUUUCUUUCCAUCCUUUGGUUCUUCCCGGUAGCGGUGCUGGCCUCGCUACUUAGCAUUUGCACCAUUAGGAAGAUAGCGCCCUCCUUGGCUGAUUCCCUUGAGCGUCACGACAUUACUAAAGCCUUUGUGCAGACUGGAUUGCCUACUUUGGUAGUCUCGUUGCUCAAUGUUUUGGUACCAUACCUGUACGACUACUUGUCAAACAUUCAGGGGAUGGUGUCGCAAGGCGAAGUUGAGCUCUCCACGAUAUCGAAGAAUUUCUUCUUCAUAUUCUUCAACAUUUUCGUCGUCUACGCUGUCUCGGGUAGUGCGGCGCUAUCAGAUUUCUGGACGAUAAUUAGUGAUUCGCUGAAGGAUACACGUACUAUUGCAAGGAAACUGGCCGGCUCCAUCCAGGACUUGAACAACUUCUAUCUCAACUUCAUCAUGCUCCAGGGCCUUGGUUUAUUCCCUUUCAAGCUUUUGCAGUUCGGCAGCAUAUCACUUUACGCGAUCUACCGUAUGGGAGCGAAGACACCUCGAGACUUCGCCGAACUUGUCCAACCUGGUCUAUUCAACUACGGGUUCUACUUACCAACAGCCUUACUCGUAUUCAUUCUUUGCUUAGUUUAUAGCAUUCUCCCAGGUGCACAUAUUGUCCUGUUCCUCGGCAUAUGCUAUUUUACACUCGGCUACUUUGUUUACAAGUAUCAGUUGUUGUAUUCGAUGGAUCAACCCCAGCACGCCACUGGUGGUGCAUGGCCUAUCAUUUGUGGUCGCAUUGUUGUUGGACUUAUCGCUUUUCAGGUUAUCAUGAUUGCUAUCUUAGUAUUGCAGGCAGCUUUCAUAGCUGCAGGACUAAUUGUGCCACUUGUGGUUUUGACUUUUUGGUAUCACUUCCAUUCUCGGCGUCGUUUUACCCCACUCACGAGGUUCAUCGCGCUUCGAAGCAUCAAGCGGGCUACUGAUCCUGGGUCCGAAAGCCGCCCUGAUCGGGACCCAGAACAACUCCAACGGCAAACUCGAUUGUCCAGGCGCAUGAGCACCAUAGACGAAGAUAGGGAAAAGGAAAUGAGAUUCAUAAAUCCGAGCCUGGUCGUUCCCCUAGAACAACCUUGGAUUUACCAAGAUCCGCUGCCGCCACUCGAAGAUACGUCUGUUGACUCUAACACGGAGAGCACCAAUGGGAAUGGCAGCAGUCAGGCGGCAACACCGCUGGGGAAUGAUAAUGGGUUGGGAAGCGUUGCUAGUUCUUUUAGUCUAGGAGAUACCCAUGUUUGGAGGGACAACGGUGAUGACAACGUGUAAUGAUGGGGAGAAUUGUGAUAUCCCAAAGCGCCUACGUAUUUGCAUAAUAACGAGAUUGAAACCCUUGAUGUAUUCUUUAAUUCCCGGCCGCCGAAGCUCUCCAAUUCAACGUAUUCAUUUUCAAAACGUGCGUAUCCAUA